AUGGUGAACUUGCGUGGAAGGACAGAUCUUCUACCACGCGAGAAUUCGUGCGGCAAUCUCUACACGGUGGUGCACUGGAAGUCUGCGGUCGAGGUGAACGAGCCCGGGUUACAUGGCUUGGUGGGUUCAACGCGAGAUGCAAUAACAACCUCAGUUGCUAAGUUAGUGAAUGCGAUAGACGAGGAGCAUUUGGGCGAGAUGAAGUCGAUGGGACAGUUUCAGGAAGAACUGCGAAAAAGCGACACCAACGUGCUUGCGUUCACCAGCUGGUGUCGGUUUCCGCUGCACCGGGUUGAUUUGGGUUGGGGUGAGCCUGAGUUUGUGAGCAGCUUAUGCUCUCCAUUUGACUCGGUAAUUUUGAUGGAUCACAAGAAAGGUGAUGAUGAUGGUGGAAUUGUGGCACGGGUGAGCUUGACUGAAGACAAGAUGGGUCUUUUCCGUAAACAACAUGACAUUUUAGAAUAUGCUUCCAAUAAGUAG